AUGAAAUUUAUUGUUCGAGAGAUUCCAACACUCUUCGACACUUCAGCCCUCAACGUCUCUUUCUUUUUCCAUGCACGAGGUCAUGAGCUCCAGAAGACCUCUUCUGGACUCUUCCGCUCUCUACUGUAUCAACUCCUCAAAAAGUCCCCAGAGUCACUACAUGGCCUCAUUUGGCAUUUUCAAGAACAAGUGAAAAUAUUUGGCGGGCCAGGUCUCGGGUGGACGUGGACUGUGCCAAAAAUGCAGUCACUUUUCGAACUUUCACUCAACAGAGUCUUGGAAGCACGUUCAGUCGUGCUCUACAUUGACGCACUUGAUGAAUGUGGGAACGAAGCAGCCGCCAAUUUGAUAUUUUACCUUGAGCACUUCCUUUCGGUCCUUUUACCUACAGCACAUACAUUCAGCAUCUGUUUCUCUUGCUGCUACCGUCCUAUUCUCAAGCUCCAGCCAGGACCCACGAUCCGAAUGGACGUAGAGAACAGAAAGGAUAUCGUGAAACUUGUCGAAGCCCGCCUUUCAAGCAACAAUCUUCAUAGGGAAAUACAAGAAGCGAUCUGCAUCAUGCCGAAGGCUUAUUCAUGUGGCGAAGCUCUGAGUCUCAAACAGUGGGUCUGCUUUUCAAUUAGACCGCUAACAAUCCCAGAGCUACAAUGGGCUAUGGUAAUCAAGCAUGUGGAUGAACAUCAACGACUAUACGUUCAGAAGGACUCCGUGGAUUUCAUUUCCGACGGGGACGUUGAUAAAAAAAUGAAAGCGCUAAGCUAUAGUCUUGCCGAAGUCGUCUCGUCGUCAAACGGCCCCGUUGUUCAGUUUAUCCACCAGUCUGUGAAGGACUUUUUCGCAGAUGAUGGACUGAUUCUCCUUGGGUGCCCUACCACUCCGCAGCUCUUGAUAUCCACGGCUCAUUGUUACCUUUCACGAUCGUGCAUCGCUUAUCUUCGCAUGGCAAUCCUACAGCAUUCAACAGCUGCCGAAAUUGGAGAUCCCGAGCUUCAUUUCCUGGAAUACGCGACUGAGUUAUUCGACAAAGCACACACGAAUGGGUGA